AGUUGCUUGUGUAAUGGACACGCUGAUACGUGUGACAAGAAAGAGGGUACCUGCAAGUGCGGAAACAACACUGAGGAAGAUUGUUCUCCUAGCUUUAAAGACUGCUACAAACGGCAGGUACGUGUGUCCGUUUCACUAGAGGGUUGCUUGCAUAGAACGCUGCAUACUAGGUAACAUAUGAGCGGCAAAACUGUAUUAGCUUUACCACAGACUCAUACCCUGUGGCUAGUUAUGUGUAUUUGGGGUGAGGGGAGUACAAGAAAUUGCCCACCUACCCCUCCCCUAAGCCAACCUUAACACUUACUCACGUAGGGCAAAAUGUUAGCUUAAGGGAGGGGUAGGUGGGCAGUUUCCCAGAAACGUAUAAUGAUCCGAGGCGCGCAUAGCGUCAUGGGAAGGAACAAUAUGAUCGCUGUUUUCUCCUCUUCCCUUCCCAUGACUCCCCGCGCACCUCAACUCAACCCCAAUCUUCCCUCACUGCAAAAAAAUACAUAAAUAGCGACUGGGUAAGAGUUUGGCUUUUCCUUACGUUCGCCCGCCGACUUGCCCUCAAAAAAAUUGUUUAAAACAGCGUACAGCUUCUGUCACGCCGUUUUUCUAUACGAGCAUCCAAGAGACCAUACUGUGACACGCUAGAUCAGUUAUCAAUCUAAUUAAAGGUUUUUCAGUUUAUCUUAAAAUUUCAAUAGUGCUCAAAAUAUUUACGAAAAAGUUCAUCGGAAUUCCUGCAAGUUCAUGCAAGAGUUGUCACGCAGUGUUAGGCACAACUGUCACGCUGGUUUUCGAUGCAUUUAGGUAACACAACGUGCAAGAGUUUGUCACGCCGGUUUUUAAUAAAAUUACAUUUAGUUAACGCGAUAUACUGUGACACGUUAAGUUAGUUAUCAAGCUAAUACAAAGGUUUUAAUGUCAAUAGUGUUCAAAAUGUAAGGAAAACUUCAUGGGAAGUCCAGUGAACAGCCAACAGUGCUACAGAAAAAUCAAUGUAAUGCAAGAGUUUGUCAUUGGUCAGCAAACUGGCGACGAUCGCAACAUUCAAGCACUGCCAUAUGGACAAAGCAUCUUCUAUGGCAUAUACCCAAGAUUUACCAAUGUGGAUAUUCGCUUAACAGUUGACGUGUUCACGGGUGAAGUGGACGUGUAUGUGACAAGUGAAAACGAUGUUUUUACUGUGAAAUACAACCAAACCAGUGGGCAUCAUGAAGUGUUAAUUAGACCCUUUGCCGGGUAAGUUUAGGUUUGAUAAAUAGAUAUUUCUCUUAAGUGUACAGGGGCACCCAAUAAGAAUAUGGUUCAAAACCACUUAAAAACAGCAUUGUUGAACGUAUUUUAGUAUUUAAAAGGUAGAUAUAGGCAUAUUUUUAUCUCCUAAAAAUUUUGUCAUCUGUUCGGAUUUCCUAGCUGAAAGUCUAGUCAUCCGAAAAUUAUAGGACCUUUUGCCUUUUCGAAAAUUUCAGCCCGGAAAAGGCUCCCUUAAAUUCUAGGUCACCUUUUUAGGGUAAAAAUCCGUUAAAAUGGGCAAUUAUACCAUUGUUUAGAUGUUCGAAAAUCCUAGGAGAGGCAGGCAAGCAGGGAAUUUUACAAUAAAUGUUCCGAAAAUUCUAGAUCUCCAAUCGUCUUCCGAACACAUACUUUCUGAAAAUUGACGUUUGGUGCCCCUGUUAAGUGUGCAACUUAGUUUCUCUCAAUCAGUCAACGUAAAUGAUGGAAAAAAAGAGUGUAAAAAGUCUCUUACUACUACGAGCCCCCAGGCGAGCAGAACACAAAUGUUUGGGUCUCCUGUGACUCUCUGGGAGUCGUGUCGCUAUUUCACCGUUACAAUCUGCAUUUAUGUUGGUUUGGAUGAUGUUUAGUAAGUAUGUCCAGCGGUGUCAUCAUAAGUUAAUAGGGACUUUAAGAUCCAACCAUAGAUUAUCCAUGAUCCAACGACGCGACGGCGACAAGAACGUCGCUUUAAAAGUGAAUUUGCGUUCUUUCGGUCUUUAUAGCGAUUAUUCCUACCCACUUACUUUGUCAAUUGUAGGCGAACCCUCCUGAAGCUGAAUUUAAAGGGACCAUAGCAAAGCUCAAAAAAAGAAAUACAAUUUCGUCGUUGCUUGUUUACGUCCUCUAUAAAACACGAAAUUAGGCAUUUUCACGUCGAAGUCGUGCAAAAACGGGAAAGCGAUGUAUAAGAAAGUGUGAUGCACGUGCGAAAUUGUGGUUUUGCUGAUAAAACCUAUUGUUUUUUUGACGUUCUCGUUGUCGUCCGCGUCGUUGGAUCCUAAAGUCCCUAAUUUCAAAUCGUAACACGAAUUGCGCUAAGUUUCGCACGUUGAAGCGCGCGCAAAGAUCGUAUGACUGUAAAUUGAUCAAUAAAGACCCAAAUCACAAGAACUGAUGAUUGGAGGACUCUUUUGUAGUCCAUUAUCCCACAAAUAUUAAUUGACCCAAAAAAGGGUUCGUAAUUGGCAAAAUGUGUAUGUCAGUUUAUCGCUUCUCAGAUGACAUUUUACAACUUGUAACCGCUAGUUUAUUGACUUAUCUUCAAAGUUGAUGGUGUGGUAAGCAGUGAGAAGCGAGGCAUCAGGCAGACGCUCUUGCUUCUCGCGUCUAGUGUCCACCCGUCUCGCGUAAUACCCCACUCUCAUUGAAGAUGAUGGUGAUGGUGAUCUCGAUGAUGAUCGAUAACUCUGUAAAUUCCGUUUUUGAUCUCGAUUUUAUUGUGAGGUUUUUCAAGUAGGAGUCACGUGCCUUAGAUUAUUCCACAUAGCCAGUUUGCGAUAAUGUAAAAGGUUUGGAAUUAAUUUCCCAGUCUGUCACUUUUUCUAUUAGCAAAAGAAAAAGAAGAAGCGUAGACGACACCAGCGGUCAAGAUGAAGAAGUUGACACAGUAACCGCAUCAGACAAGCGCCUUAACACAUUCAUCACCUAUAAUGAAGGACACCAAGCGCUUAUUGUACGCCAGGUCCGCAAGCGUCUGGUACUGACUUUUCCACACAGUCAGCAUUUUCUUAAAGACGACAGGUUAGCUAGCACACUAUGUGAUUUCCCCCCGGGGGAGGACUACUCCGGGGAAUUCUCGCUGGGGGUGUGCCGCCCGGUUAGGGUUAGGGUCCCCAAAUCCUGACCCUAGUUUAGACCAAAAAAUGUCAUUUUCCACACCUUUUUUCAGACCUGGCCAGCAAAAUCCUUAUCCGUUUUCAGACCUGGAGAAGCUCACAAUUUGCGACGUGCAUGUUUUACAUAGGAGGAAAUCAUGUCAGUAUUUAGAUUAGAACGCCAACAAAAGCUUUCUUAAAAUCCGUUUUGAAUUCGCAUAUCACUCUUUCUUUCUCAUUCACUUAGGAUUGAAUCUACAAAUACGAUCAUACACUCCAGUAGUUACCUCAAAAAACCCUACCCGAUUCCAGACCAUUUUUUUCGACAACCUUUUUCGAAAAAGCUGUUUAAGGGAGUUUCGCCGUGAUUAUUUCUUUUAUAGUUUGGUUUGCUUUAACUCUUUCACUUCGAGAGUUGCGUGAUAGCAUCCGUUUAUCGAUAAACCGAUUUUCAUGACUGAGCUCUUUGUGCCAAGCGCUCGGUUAUUAGAGAGCUUGAGAUUCUGAGACGAGGACGACUACGAUUACGAGAUUUUCCCGAUACUGAGUGUUACUCAUGUGUGAGCCAGCGUCAUUUUGGCGGGAAAACGUGGUAGUCGUCGUCAUUCUACUACGAGUUUUAGCGAGAAUGUCGUGGUGCCGUGAACAAGUUAUCAAAUGUAAGACGUUUUAUCAUUUUGCUAUCGGGAGAGGGUUUAACCUACUUCCGUUUAAAUAACCGUACUAACUUUUUUGGUGAAGAAAAGUAAAAAUGAAGCUUUCCGGGGUGUCUUUUUUUAAUUGAAACACGCACAAAACCAUUAAGUUUAACGUCGUUCUCGAAAUCAAAUGUAAAACUCUUUAUUACGAUUCGCUACAAUUUCAUAAUUAUAUUGGAUAAUUAUGUCAUAUAGACCGCGGUUCGGAGCAGUGAGAAAGGGGGUAAACAGUCCUCAAACAAAAAACAGUCCUGGAACCCGAGUGUGUGGUUUUAAGGGUACCUUUAAUCAACUCUUUAAUCAGUGUAUUUGCUUCAAUGUAAUCUCUAUGCGUGUUCGUUUUCUUUGCUAAAGAAGUGUAUUCUCUUCUCACUAGGUUCUAUAUGGUGUUUGUGGGCCGAAGUAAGCCCGGCACAAAAGGCCUGGUGUACUUCAGACAGGACUUGUCUCAGAUCGACUUAUUCGUGUUCUUCUCCGUCUUCUUCUCUGCGUUUUUUCUCGUGGUGUCAGUCAGCGUGUUCGGAUGGAAAAUCAAACAAUAUCACACUCGUAGAAGAGUCAUCGAGCAUCGUGAAAUGCAGUUGGAAUCG